CUGCUGUGCCACCGGGCCGGCCCCUCAUUCUGUUUUUAGAAAGGCUGAAUGUUCUCGGGUAAAUCCAAGGGUUGGUCUUCACUAAUCCAGUUGUGGGGUUCUCCUGCACGAAACUUUACCAAUGUUUUAGUGGCUUCUGCCAGCCUAAGGCCUUGUCAGGGACGACCCAGCCACCUGUGAGUUCCUAUCUGGGAAAGCUCAGGGCUGUCAGAAGAGUGAUAGUUUGUUCAGCUGAUGCCUGGAUAGGCCUGCCCCGCUUUCUUGGCAUAUUUGCAAUUGCACAUCCUUCCUCUGUCCUUUUGAGAUGUCUGUGUGUCUCUACAGCCCAGGAGUGUCUUUCUCAAGGACCUGAGAGCUGUCCUAGAAAUGGAGUGCUCGGGAAGGAUGGGGCCUCUGCCUCUCAGUCUCUGUGGGAAGGCAGGACCCUGACUUGGACAGCUGCAGCCCACAGACACAGCUGGCCUGGCGGCAUUUACACUGACCACUCCUUUGUGAUUUUCCCUCCCCUGGCUGCUCCCUUUCACCCAUGCAGUAGCCCCUGCACAGAUGAGGAUGGAGCUCAGCUCUCCCCUGCUGCUGGCAGUUAGCCGGUGUCGGGCUGUUUGUCUCUGACCUCUCCGCACACUGCUAAUCUGCAGCCGGGCCUAGAAGGGACUUAGUCUGGGGUCAGCCUCUUCUGCAGAUGAGACUUGGUGCUGCCAGAGCUGAGGUGCCCUGUGCCUUGACGUGGCACCCUACAUUAGGGCCAGCAUCUGCAGAAGCAGCACCCCGAAACCAAGUAUUUGUCAACGCAAUGUUGGAGACGAGCUACCUGCUCUCAGCCAGGUGGUGAGCAAACUGUGGUGUGUUAAUGAGCAGUGUGGGGGGGGGCAGGAAUAAGCAGUGGAGAGAUCAGUAAUCCUACCUGGUUUCCCUUUUCUUCCCUGGCGACCUCACUGCCAGGGAGUCAUCAGUUACAGUUGAAUAAUAAUGAGAAUGAAGAACAGCCAAGAACCGGAAUAGGCCAAAUUUAUUAAUUUGUUACUAAGUAAUUGAAUUUGAUAAUACGAAAAAAUUAAGACAGCCAAAGGUAAACUAUGUCUCAGUCCUAAAGCUGUGUGUGACCACCUCCCCCUCUGGGUCUUUUGGCAAGUGUGCUAGUCUCUCACCCUCUAGGCUGGGUGGAUCACAGCCGUCUGCGGCCUCCGGUGGUCCUGCUCCUUCCAGCCUGUAGUCCUGGGAGUUGUUGCUCGUGUCAUGUGGGGACACCACCCCUGGGUGCUCCAGACUAGAUCCCCGUGGGCCAGUGGUGCUGCAGACACAGUUAGGAGCUGUGCCUGCCGCUGCACGAAAGGCUGGGCUGGGUUUGUGGCAGGGACUGGGCAGGAAUGAUGAGUUUAGGCAAAUGUGUUAGAAGAAGACACAGUGGAACUUGGUGAUGGGUCGUGUCUGACCUGAGAGCGGAGUGUAGAUGCCUCUUCUACCAGGCCAGUCUUGGCAGCAGCCUGGCCUCCGAGUCCAGCAUGCUGAGGGAGACUUAAUCCCAAGGGAGAGGUUUGCCGCCCAGUGAUAGCUGUUCUCCAACUGUUUACGGAAACCAAGCAACUUAGCUCCUGUGAGCGCUUGUCAACAUGAAGCUAACUGGGUACUCUGAGGUUUAGCUUUAGGUUUUGGCAAGUGAGCCAGCAAGCGAGCCGUUGCUCAGCUGUUGAAGGCAGAGGGGAAGCACAGUGCUGCCAGGCCAAGACCCCCAGGAGAUCCAAAGAUGAUACUUGGAAAGCAGAUGACCUCAGAAGACACCUUUGGGUUGCACACUCAGGUAGUCCGAAGGAAGAUAAGAAGCACAGAGAAAAGCUGCCACCUAAGGAGUCAGAAAUGGAUGUCCCAGAAUACAAGGAGCACAGACACAGGGAGCCAGAUGGAGACACCAAGUACAGAGAGAGGAUGGCUGAGAGAGACGGCCACCCCUCCAGGGAGCCUGCCCGAGGGGAGAGAGACAGAGAAAAGCCACGGGAAAGGAGAAAGGAUGCCAGGGACCAGGACAGAGGAAAGCUCAAAGAGAAACAUCGAGAACAGGACGCAGAGAAGGCUCACAGGAGGGGAAAAGACAGAGAAAAAGACCAAGACCGAAGAGCUCGGAGGGAGGAGCUCAGGCAGGCGGCCGCCUACCAUAACCUGCUGGGCCGGGACGUGCGAGGCUGGCAGGUCCUGGAGAGAGCCGAGCGCAAGGUGCCAGCAGUUGCAGUAUGGUGACAGCAAAGACAAUCCUCUUAAGUAUUGGCUUUAUAAAGAAGAAGGUGAAAGAAGACACAGGAAGCAGAAAGAACCGGAUCGAGAAAAGAAACAUCGAGAAAAAAGCAGCACAAGGGAGAAAAAAGAGAAGUAUUCCAAAGAACCAAGGACUCCAUCCUCUGACAAGGAAGGGGAGGAGAGGCAUAAGGAGAAACGACACAGUGAAGGCUUCCGUUUGGAUGACGAGAGGCACCGGGGUAGUGUGGAUAAGAAAGAGAGGCCAUCAAAGGAAGAGCCUAGGAAGAGGGAGUACAAGAAUGGUGAACACAGAAGUCAAGGUACAAGUUCAAAGAGAGAUGGGACUAGCAACCAGCAUGCAGAGAAUUUAGUAAGGAAUAAUGGAAGAGAUAAAGACGCAAGAAGGAAGGAAAUUGAAAAGGAAGACAUUGAUUUAGAAAAUGGUGGAGCCGAUGAGUAUAUAGCCAGUUUUGAAGAUGAUUGUGAAGACUAUGAAGAUGACUUUGAAGUCUGUGAUGGAGAUGAUGAUGAUAGCACGAAUGAGCCAGAAUUGAGAGAAAAAGUCCAAGAACUUCCUCUAGCCAGAAAGAAGGAGAUACAAGAAAUUCAAAAGGCCAUCAGUGCAGAAAACGAAAGGAUCGGCGAGUUGUCUUUGAAACUGUCUCAGAAGCAAGGUCUAAUGGACCGCGAAAGGGCGUCCCGGCCGGAUGCAAACAAUUCCUCUUCCAGAGCCCCUGUUUGUGGAAUUUUCAUGGAUUUUGCAACAGCCUCACACCGUCAAAGGAGUCGGACUCAGGCCUUUAAGCAAAAGACUCGCAGUACAAAACUGCUUCGGCUUAUUGACUUAGAUUUUUCAUACACUCUCUCUCUCCUGGAUCUACCACCAGUAAAUGAAUAUGACAUGUAUAUCAGAAACUUUGGGAAAAAAAAUACCAAGCAGGCCUAUGUUCAGUAUAAUGAAGAUCACGUUGAAAGAGAUGUUCAGACUGAAGAGAUAGAGACCAGGGAAGCGUGGACCCAGCAUCCAGGGGAAGGCACGGCUGUGUCUGGGGGCAGUGGGAGUACAGAUAGCUCUGAUGCUGCAGCUGUGCCAAAGGUCGAUACGCCGAGACUGUCCAGCUUUCUCCGGGCAGCCUGCCAGGUGAUUGCGGUUUUGCUCGAAGAGGAUCGAGUGGCCGCUGAGCCCAGCUGGAGCCCCCGGAUGCAGGACAACACCCUGCCUUUCAGUGACAGGUCCUCUCAGUUGAACACUAGCCUGCCGUUCCUGCAGAAUCGAAAAGUGUCCUGUCUGCAUGCCUCCCAGGUUCAGAGGCAGACGGUGGUGUCUGUUCACGGGGUGGCUGAAAAGGCGUUUGCCCCUGUGCUGGAUGACAAAUAUGUGCUCUGUGUGUGGGAUAUCUGGCAGCCUUCAGGGCCUCAGAAGGUCCUGAUAUGUGAGUCGAAGGUCACGUGUUGCUGCUUUAGCCCUUUUAAAGCCUUCUUGCUAUUUGCUGGAACAAUGCACGGCUCAGUCGUCGUGUGGGAUCUACGAGAAGACUCUCGGAUACAUCAGUAUGUGAAGCUGAGUGACUGCUUCUGGACGUUCAGGACAUCAACAUUUUCUACUGAUGGUGUCCUUACGUCAGUGAACCACCGCAGUCCUCUUCAAGCAAUAGAGCCCAUCUCAGCGUCUGUCUACAAAAAACAGAGUUUUGUCCUUUCACCCUUUUCUACUCAGGAAGAAAUGUCAGGUUUGUCAUUCCACAUUGCUUCCUUGGACCAGAGUGGGGUUCUCAACAUGUGGGUGGUUGUUGAAUUACCAAAGGCAGACGUUGCAGGUUCAAUAAGUGAUUUAGGUUUAAUACCUGGAGGGAGGAUAAAAUUAGUGCAUAGUGCUGUGAUUCAGCUGAGUGACAGCCUUUCCCAUAAAGGUUAUGAAUUUUGGGGGACCACACAAACACUGAAUAUUAAAUUUCUGCCUUCAGAUCCUAAUCACUUUAUUGUUGGCACAGACAUAGGUCUCAUCAGCCAUGGUACCAGACAAGACUUGAGAGUAUCUCCCAAGUUGUUCAAACCCCAGCAACAUGGUAUGAGACCAGUAAAGGUGAACGUGAUUGACUUUUCACCGUUUGGAGAGCCAACGUUCCUGGCCGGCUGUUCUGACGGGAGCAUCAGGUUAUACCAGCUGACGUCCGAGUACCCGCUCAUGCAGUGGAACAACAGCACCGGCGGCCGGGCGGUCACCAGCCUGCAGUGGUCCUUGACAAGGCCUGCUGUGUUUCUGGUCCAGGAUGACGCGUCCUGUGUUUAUGUUUGGGACCUCCUUAAAAGUGAUUUGGGUCCUGUAGCCAAACAACCCGUCUCUCCAGACAGGCUAGUGGCAAUGACUGUCAUGGGUGAACCGGAGAAGACCAGCGGCAGCUUCCUGGCCCUGGUACUGGCCAGAGCCUCGGGCGGCGUGGACAUCCAGUUCCUGAAGCAGGAGUGGGCGACCCCAGUGGGCAACGAGCAGAGGAAGCUGCAUCUACUUUUGCAGGAAGCCAUGUAGAAAUGGGAGAGUGCAAGAUGGCUGGUGUUGCCGAGAGGACCAGGCUGAGUAGCGACCAGAUGGAAGGCACGGCUGCUCAGGAGUGCUUUGACGUCCGUGCGCGUGUGCUGAUGCAGGUGGAAUACAGAUACUCUGCACAGGAUUCAUCGUACAAGGACGCCACUUCACUAUUCCCAGGAAGUCAGUCUCUACUUCUGAAUGGAAGCAAACAUUUUAGUGUGUAUUCAGCUGGACUUUGAAGGAAAGAGAGUCGUGUUCAGUAUGCUCUUUUUUGAGAAUAUUUCUACUUGUUUUUAUGUGGCUCUAAAAUAUUGUUACGUUUAUUACUAUAUUUUAAACAAUCCACCAUGAAAAUGUAUUUUUAAAAUACAUAAAAUAAACAUAAAAUACAU